AUGCCAGUAAUGAAAUAUAAGAAGAAACUCAGAGUAGCUAUUUUGACGGCUGAUACAUUGAAACACCAGAAAUUACUGUUAGAGAAAUACGGAAAUUAUUUUGACCUUUUUUCCAAACUUUUUCAAAACGCAAAAAAUAACAAUAUUGACAGUAGCGAAAAUGCAAUUGAUAAAAUUAAAUUGGAGUUAUUGUCGUUUGACGUCAUGGAAAAAAUGGAAUAUCCGUCAGUGAGUGAAUUGAACGAUAUUGAUGGAGUAUUAAUUACCGGAUCAGUUUCAUCAGCAUACGAUGAUGAACCAUGGAUUCAUGGUCUCGUAAAAUACACAAAAGACUUGAUCGAAAAUCACAAGCAUGUAAAAUUAGUUGGUGUGUGUUUUGGACAUCAGAUAGUUGGUAAGGCGCUGGGCGUGCCUGUGGUAAAAAAUCCGUUAGGUUUUGAGGUUGGUGUGCACAAAAUCACGUUGACCGAUCCCGGCAAAAAAUUAGCAAAGGCCGAUAAUGAGUUUUUGGACAUUGUCACAAUCUUGCCAGAAGGAUUCGUAAACAUCGGUGCCACCGAAAAAUGCGCAAUCCAUGGUAUGAUCAAAGAUAAUCACGUGUUGACGAUUCAAGGUCAUCCAGAGUAUUUCAAGGAAUGGACGCAAGAUCUCCUUAUGUCUCGUAGAGAUUUAUUUUCGAGAGACGAGUACGAACAGGUAUUUAAGGCUGCGGAACUUGAUCAUGAAGGUGUUUGGUUUGGACAAAAGAUUUUGAGAUUUUUUGCGGAAAAUUCUGAUAGUACAGUUGAUCCUCCUUAA